UUUUUUAUUUUUUUUUGAGUAAAAAAAAUUAAAGUUGUUGAUUAGAUCAAUGUACACGUUACCUUCUACUUGAGGAAUUUUCAUUUAGACCCCAAAAUUUGAAAUUUUGGGCCUUAUCAUAACGAUUAGGACCAUCUCAGUUACUUUGGUGGUAGAUAAUUUGGCAGUUGUUGAUUUUAUCACCUUCGUACCUAUUCUCCUUCUAUAUAAGACGUUGUGAAUUCUUGAUCAUUUUCAUAUAUUCCAAGUAUUUGUAUAGAAUAUAGAUACAUAAAACUGAUAAAUAAGAGUGAUUAUGGGUCUAAAACGUAAGCUUGAGGGAGAAGUAGAGAUAAGAGAGAGUGCAGCUGAUGUUCUCCAUGACUUGUACAAGAAUAGGCCUCACCAUAUUGCGCAUUCCGGCGGGUCAAAUUUCAUACAGAGUUGUGACUUGCACAACGGUGUCGUUGCUAAGCCCGGUGCUAUAUUUUCUUGGACUUACACUCUAGAUGGGAAGCAAAGAACUGGCAAAACUGAAAUCGAAGAAAUCGAUGAAGAGAAGAAGUUGGUAAGGUACAAGCUGAUAGAAGGUGAUCUCUUUGAUGAAUACAAGAGCUUGAAUUUUAUAUGUCAUGUUACACCCAAAGACCAAGUAAGUUGUACAUUGAAGUGGAUACUCGAAUAUGAGAAGGUGCAUCCUGGUAUCCCCGAACCAUCUUCUAUGCUAGACGCGCUCCUUAGCGCAGCCAAAGACAUGGAUGAUCAUCACCAUACUAAUAAGUAAACAAUUAUUCAUAGUGCAACGACUUCAUUAAAAUAUACGUUAUAUGGUCACAUGUUGUUUAAAGGUGUUUAUUACUGCAUGCAUUAAAUAGUACUAAAUAAACAGGCAUGUAUCCGUUCAUUAGUUGAGUAUCCCAGUUUAUUGUACGAAGUGUAUUAUGGUAUGGCUGACGAAUUAUGUGUGCUACAUAUCAAUAUAUGCAUGGAAGGUUGUUGUAUAAUGUAAAUCCGUAUGUUUGCUAUGGAAAGAUUAUAUAUAAGUAUUUUUGUUU